GGCAGACAUCGCCUCCGCUGUUGGCCUCAUGUUGACCUGCGCGGACUCGAGCUGCUCGGCGGCGUCGUCGGGGUACCUCGGGUACACCUGCGACGCGGACGGUACGGACGGCAAUAAGACGGACGGGGGAUCCUCCCAUACCGCCUCGGCCAGCUUCAACGGGUCCGGCGCGCACUGGCAGCUCGUCCUCGACACGUCGUCCCUCGAACCUGGCGGCGAGUACCUGCUCUGCGUCGACUUCGACGGCCCUGGUACGGACCUGGGCUUCGUGCCCGCCUCGAGCAGCACCGUGUGGAUGAACCCCCUGCGGCCGCGGCUGCCAUGGACCAUCCAGAGCGCCGUGGCCCAGAGCAUCUCUUUCGACUGUGUUGGCAGCUGCAGUACGGACGCCGUUGGUUCUACCAACGCCAGUGAGUCUCCCAAUGCCACUCGCGAGUGGAGUGCGUGCGGCUGCAGUGAGGUAACCGUCGCGUACCUUGGCACAUCGUGCGCCGAAGACACAUGGGACAGCAACCUGGACGCGAUCAGCGGCGUGCGCACCGAGGUAGCGCCCAUUACUCGCCAGGGCCGGACCACCGACAGUUACUGGUCCGCCAUCCUCAACGCCAGCCAGCUGCUGCCUGGCAUGUACUACCGCUUGUGUCUCGACCUGGACGGGAGCUCUUCGCAGGCCUACUUCCGAGAGGUGGAGAGCGAUGCCGUGUUCAUAACGCCCGUGCUUGCGGCCUCGCGCGGCAUCAUGCUCACCAGCCAGUCGUACACCUAUGGGCAAGUUCUUACUCUCGUGGGCUCCCUGACUAACACCAGCGGCGCAACACUAUACCUUGCCACAGCGUGCGAACUCGGAAACAACAGCAGCUCGAACGUCGACCAGACAGGCUUGAGCACCGCUCCGGCCGAGAUGCUCGGCACCGCCGUGGACUUCGACACCCGCGUGAUCGUCUUUACUGCCGCAGGCGAGCCCUCGCUGGUGGCCACAGGAGACGCGUCGGUGUACCAGGUGAUCCUCGACACCACCAGUCUCGUGGCAGGCCUGUACUAUGCAGUGUGCGUCGACCUCGACGGCGCAGGUGCUUCCUACAAUUUCUCCGACGUCGGUCUCCGCGUCUUCGCCUCCGACAUCGUGGUGCAGGGCCCAGUGCACCGGGAGGAGCACGCCCUCCUGCCCUUCGCGUGCAGCCGUGGCUGCACCACUGCUGCGACCGCCUUCCUGGCAGCGGACUGCAGCAGCGAGGAGGACGCCACAGCGGCUUCGCCGUUCGCGAGGCUGAGCUGCCCGAGCGCGCUGUCCGCCGCGGCCUCCUGCACAGCACCCUGGGUGGUGGGCCUGGACACGAGCGCGCUGAAGCUCGGCGUCUCGUACGCCCUCUGCGUCGACAUGGACGGGGCCGGCGGCGCCUUCUCGGCCGGCGACACGGGCCGCCGCGUGUACCUCAGCGGCCUCUCGGGGCUGGCCGAGCACCCCGCGUGGUCGAACGCCACCGCGCUGGUGGUCCGCCUCUCCUGCAGGGUCGGCGAGUGCUCCGGCGCCAUGCGCGCACACCUGGCGACCGCCUGCGACCCUGCCGACACGGACGGCGACGCGGAAGCGGAGGCUGGCAUCAGAACAGG